ACACACACAACUGCAAAAAUCAGAGAUCAGAAACUAUAUAUAAGAAUUAGAUUAGAAUAAAUGGGGUUUGAUGAUGUUACAAUGGAAGCCUUACGUGAUCGAGCCCAUACAAUGAGAGAUUGCCUCUCUAGAAGCCAAAUCAUCACCGAUAACAUGACCUCCAUUCUCGGCUCCUUUGAUCUCCGUCUUUCCGCUCUUGAAACCGCCAUGCGCCCGACCCAGAUUAAAACACAUUCAAUGAGGAGAGCACAUGAAAACAUUGAUAAAACUUUGAAGUUUGCUGAUGCUGUUUUAGUCCAGUUUGAUCUUGUUAAACAGGCUGAGGCUGAAGUUAUGAGAGGUCCACAUGAAGAUUUAGAGAGUUAUUUAGAAGCUGUGAAUCAGUUGAAACAAACUGUUCGAUUUUUUAGCACUAAUAAAAACCUCAAAAGUAGCAUUGGGGUGAUUACACAAUGCACAACCUUACUUCAAAAGGCUUCAUUUAUGCUUGAAGAAGAAUUUCGGCAACUAUUGACCGCUUGCAGUAAACCAGUUGAACCUGAUCGGCUAUAUGACUGCCUGCCUGCUAAUCUUAGACCAACAACUGCUCAAGGUGAAGGUGGCAAGAAACAUUCUUCAGAUCACCAUAAAAGUUCAGAAAAUGCUGUUUACGGCGUUCCAACUAUUGUACCGCCUAAAGUUAUACCAUUGUUGAAUAAUCUAGCCAACCAAAUGUUCCAAACUGGGCAACAACAGCAAGUAUUUAUUAUUUACAAAGAAGCUCGUUCUUUAUGUAUGGAGAGCACUCUUAAAAAACUCGGAGUAGAAAAGCUCGGUAAAGAUGAUGUUCAAAAGAUGCAAUGGGAGGUUUUGGAGGCUAAAAUAGGAAAUUGGAUUCAUUUUGUGAGAAUUGCUGUAAAAGUGCUAUUUGCUGCAGAAAGGAAAGUAUCUGAUCAAGUUUUUGAAGGAAUGGAAUCAUUUAUGGAUCAGUGUUUUGCAGAAGCAACUGCAAGCAGUGUGUCUCUACUACUUAGCUUUGGAGAAGCCAUUGCUAAAAGCAAGAGGUCCCCUGAAAAGUUAUUUGUUUUGCUUGAUAUGUACGAGAUUAUGAAAGAGGUUCAACCGGAGUUCAAUACAAUAUACGGAAGUACUUCUGGUGCUGAAAUGCGGGAAUCAGUAUCUGCUUUAACAAAACGCUUAGCUGAGACGGCUCAAGAGACUUUUGUUGACUUUGAGGAAGCGGUUGAAAAAGAUGCCACAAAAACUGCUGUUCUUGAUGGAACUGUCCACCCUUUGACUAGUUAUGUUAUCAAUUAUGUCAAGUUCUUAUUUGAUUACCAGUCAACAUUGAAGCAACUGUUUCUAGAGUUUGGAGAAGUUAAUCCAGAUGCCCAACUGGGAAAGAUAACUACAAAAAUAAUGCAGGCUUUACAAAAUAAUCUAGACGGAAAAUCUAAACAGUACAAAGAUCAAGCUCUAACCCAAUUAUUUAUGAUGAACAAUAUCCACUACAUGGUUAGAUCUGUGAGAAGGUCUGAGGCAAAAGAUACGUUAGGUGAUGACUGGGUCCAGAUCCACCGCCGGGUUGUCCAGCAGCAUGCCAAUCAGUAUAAAAGAGUUUGUUGGUCUAAGAUAUUACAGUGCCUCACGGUUCAGGUUGCUGGUGGUGAUGGAACCAGCACUGCUGGAGUGUCUCGAGCAACAGUCAAAGAACGGUUCAAGACAUUCAAUACUCAGUUUGAGGAAUUACAUCAAAGGCAGUCUCAAUGGACUGUUCCCGACAGUGAAUUACGUGAGUCCUUGAGGCUGGCUGUUGCUGAAGUCCUUUUACCUGCCUAUAGAUCUUUCAAAAAGCGCUUUGGACCUUUAAUUGAGGGUGGUAAGAACCCUUCAAAGUACAUCAGAUUUCAGCCAGAGGAUCUUGAGCGCAUGUUGGCAGAGUUUUUUGAAGGAAAAACAGCACAUGAACAAAAGCGUUAGAUUAGUUUUCAAUCAUUGAAUUAUGAUUGUUAAUUCUUUUAGUUAGCAUAUCAUAUCCAUAAACAGGUGGAUGGUGCAUUACUAUCCCAUUAAUCUUGUAAGUUUGUCAUCAUUGUGAUAAAUGGAACACCAACUUAUAU